AUGGCGGCGGGCUACCGGGCGGAGGACGACUACGACUACCUCUUCAAGGUGGUCCUGAUCGGCGACUCCGGCGUCGGCAAGUCCAACCUGCUCUCCCGCUUCACGCGCAACGAGUUCAGCCUCGAGUCCAAGUCCACCAUCGGCGUCGAGUUCGCCACCCGCUCCCUCCAGGUCGACGGCAAGGUCGUCAAGGCCCAGAUUUGGGACACCGCCGGCCAGGAACGAUAUCGUGCUAUUACUAGUGCAUAUUACCGUGGUGCUGUUGGGGCGUUGCUUAUAUAUGAUGUCACUCGUCACUCAACCUUUGAGAACGUUGAGCGUUGGCUGAAGGAGUUGAGGGACCACACAGAUCCCAAUAUAGUUGUUAUGUUGGUUGGCAACAAAUCUGAUCUCCGCCAUCUUGUAGCAGUUCAAACUGAUGAAGGAAAGGCAUUCGCAGAGAGAGAAUCAUUGUAUUUCAUGGAGACCUCCGCACUUGAGUCGACCAACGUUGAGAAUGCAUUUGCAGAGGUCUUAACUCAGAUCUACCGCAUUGUGAGUAAGAGAACAGUUGAAGCAGGCGAAGAUGCGGCAUCUGGGCCUGGCAAGGGCGAGAAGAUCAACAUAAAGGAUGAUGUUUCGGCGGUGAAGAAGGGCGGCUGCUGCUCUAGCUGA